GCCAACUGAUUGGUCCUACGCCGACUAGAAGACUUCAUUUUUUCUAACACUAUAUGCUGAGAUACAGGCACAUCAUGGAGAUUUGCUUUCUGUCGUAGACAUGUUUUUCUUCCCGGUGUACGAAAAAGAAAAGUACUAUGCUUUGUGUUUCGAUACACGUCGUCAGCGACUGUAUAUACUAGACAACACUAAUGAAGUAACUGGAGAUGCAAAUGACACCAAAUAUAGGGGUGUAUGCCGCGAUCUGCGUAAACUAUUGGCCGACUUCCUAUACUACCACAACGAUGAGAGAAAGGCGAAGGCAGUGGCUAACUCAGUUGAGCAUGUCGUCAAAAUGUCGUGGGCUGAUAGUAAGAACGAAGUCGACACAGGAGUAUACCUAAUGAGGCAUUUAGAGACCUUUAUGGGUGAUGUUACAAAGGGGUGGACAUGCAACUUAUCCAAUAAACGCCCACAGCAGUUGACAAGGUUGCGCAUAAGGUAUUGUGCAUCGAUAGUUGCGUGGGAGGGAAACAGCGAGAAGAAAGAGAUUGGAGACAAAGCAUCGUAUACCUUUACAGAGAUGUGCAAGAAUCCAGGAUUCAAUGUGAACUCGAUCCUACUUGGGUGAAACUUCAUCAACUGAACACUAUUCCACGUUACAAUUUAUAAAUU